CGAGCCAGGCUUCAGAGGGAGAGAGAGAGAGAGAGAGAGAGAGAGAAAGAGAGGGAGUACAUACAGGAAGGAAAAAGGAGUGGACUACCUAAAAGUAGUUCUGGAGAACAAAGACUUUUGAUGCCCUCUCUCUCUCCAAGGGAGAAAGUUUAGAGACACAUAUUUUAAAACACAUCUAUAAAAAAAUAUAUAUUUUUAUUGAAAUUUUACUUAUAGAGACAGAAGUAGCAACAGCGCACUAUUUGACUCAUACCCACCAAAGUUCUGUAUUGUAAUGUUGCCUUAUUCAGAGUCUAGGGGGGUCUGGUUGAAUGCUUUGGAAGCUUGGAGCUGGAGUCAUACAAACAUUCUACUGGUUGAGGAUAUCCUGUAAGGACUCAAGUAUCUCACUGUUUGGACGAGGUGGAAUGGAUGGAAGUCUCCAAUGUGAAACUGUGAUCAGUUGUCUUCACACAACAUCUACUGGGAGUGCUUAGUACUGAAUUUCUGAAGAAAAACAUUUCUGGGUGAUUUUGGAACACUGUAACUGCAAGGCUUCACAGGACUUUAGUUUUACUCAAGUGGAUGAGGCAGUUCUGCUGAUUGCCAUAUCUUUUGGAGUAUGGUUUUGGAUUAUGCACUUUUGGAUUUAAAUUUUUUGGGACGUGAAUAAUGUAUAAACCAACAAUCAAAAUGCUGAAAUGUAACGUUUUUUGUUUAACACUUUGUGUGGCAUCAGGGAUUCUCUUGUGUGUAGCCGCCGCCGAGGAGCAGAAAUGUAGCAUAAACGUAACCGAGGCCAACAGCAGUAUGGAAUCUAUAACGUUAAGACUGACUACCGCGGGACAGGACUGUAACUUCACUGUGUUAUCUGUGGACAGUAGCUCUGGAGUAACACACUGUGUGGAGGAGCUGGAGGAAAACAGCACGUUUCAAUGCCAGGUAGUGAGUUUAGAACCUGGAACAUCAUACACCCUGGACAUCAUGUCCACCACAGAUGAACAACGGGCCAAUGUCACCCAGCAGACCAGUCCAUCCACAGUCAGUGGCCUACAGGUAUCAGAGACCUCAGACAGCCUGGGAGUUUCCUGGCAGCCUGGCCCUGGAAGGACUGAGCGCUUCAGGCUACUGCUGACCGACCCAGUGGGUGUGGUGAGGAACCUGACUCUGGAGAGCACCACUAAAAACUAUAUUGUCACCGACCUGGUCCCAGGGCGCGUGUAUAACAUCACCAUGGUGACGGAGGCCGGGGGACGCCAGAGUACCACCUCAAGACAAAUACAGACAGGUAAGGAUUCAGUCAUGAUAUGGGAUUCAUUGGAAUGGACUCUCCUUAGAUGACUUCAGCAUCUGUAACAGCAACGUAACAUCUAUUUGUUAGAGUCAUCACAAUAAUUAGAAAUAGAAAUUCACCAAAUUCCAGGAAAGCAUGCACUUCGGUGACCAGCUAUUUAUUUUAAGCUUUGAGCUUCUCACACAGUCAUCAGCCCACACGAAUAAUGGGAUAGUGAGUAUAUGGAAGAUGCCAACCUCUCCUCUGCUCCCUGCAUCCUGUGGUUCUGUGUGUAUGGGAAAGACUGAGUGUUAGGGUCUGGUAUGGACACAGGGCUCAAGCUUGCUUUCCUUCCCAACAGAGUCCCUACACAAACAAGCCUGUUUCCUUCACAACAGAGUCCCUACCCAACCAACCCUGCUUUCUUUCCCAACAGAGU